AUGCCAAGGUGCGCGGUGCUGUUUUGUGAAAGUGAAGAAGGAAAAACACCCGGAAAAUCGUAUUUUGGAUUUCCACAGGAUGAAAAUCGGUGUAAACUUUGGGUCAACGCUUGUGAGUCGGAGGAACUAAAUGAACUUUUUUCAACUUCCGGUCCAAAGGCAUUUAGGUAUCGCAAAAUAUGCUCGGACCAUUUUGCGGAUAGUUCGUUCCAGAACCCUCACUCUUUACUGAAACGUCUAAUCAGAGCAGCUGUUCCUCUCGCGCCUUUGGAAGAUGAUGACGUCUAUCUGAACUAUGAGUUCAUAGAAGAAUGCAAUUCGCUAUCGAAUUCGGAAGCCUCAAAUUCCGAAGUCCUUGAAAAAUGCAUCUCCCCACCUUUUCCACGGGCUUCUGAUGAUGCCUUGUCGGAACCAUCUGAAGAUGAAAACGGAUCAGUAAAAAGGUAUGAAACGCUGAGCGGAGUCAAUCAUCAUCCCCUGGAGAUUGUAGACGAAAAGAUUACAGCAUCAGAUGCUUACAGCCAUAGGUUACCUUCCGAUUCUGUUAAACAGAAUAAUAAUUCUGAAAACCACACAUUCGUAAACUGCAUAACACAACAUCUUGAGUUACCCGAGCUCAACCUUUCCAUUGAGACCAAUAUUCUAGUCACACCUUUGGAUAAUUAUGAUGACUAUUGUAACUAUGAGUUCAUAGAUGAAUGUAGUUCGCCAUCGCAUUCGGAAACCUCAAAUUUCGAAGUCCUUGAAAAAUGCACCUCCUCGCCUAUUCCACGGGCUUCUGAUGAUGCCCCGUUGGAACCAUCCGAAGAUGUAAACGGAUUAGAAACAGAGUAUAAAAAGCUGAGCGACGUCAAUCAUCCUCUGGAGAUUGUAGACGAAGAGAUUAGAGCAUCAGAUGGAAAUACAGAUUGCUGGAAAUUGUUUGAGGAAUGUAACUCCCACAUUUUACCUUCUAAUUCUUAUGAACAGAAUACUAAUUCUGAAACCGACACAUUUGUGAAAUGCAUAAACCAGCAUGAUGAGUUACCCGAACCCAACCAUUCCAUUGAGUCGAAUAAUCAGGUCGAUGAAUUUGGAAACGUUGAAAAUGACCAAAUAUCGAAGAACGUUCAUAGAGCUAAAAUAAGGUGCCUCAAGAGACAGCUUUUUGUUGCUAAGCAAAAAAAUCAAAGGCGUAAUAAUAUUGUUGUGAAACUGAAAAAAAAUAAUUCAUGGUUAAAAAAGGAAAUACGACUUCUUCGUAAAACUAAAAAUAACGAUGAAGUUCUUGGAAUCGAAGCGAGAAAAAAUCCCGUAAUAUUUGACUCAUUAGUGAAUUCAAAGAAGAAGCCGCAUGCCCGUAGGUACCGUCCAGAGACGGUUAAAUUUGCAUCUGGUCUAUACCUAAGUGGGCCGCGUGCUUAUCGGCACAUACAAAGAUCAAAAUUUCUAACCCUGCCAUGCAGAAACUCUGUGUACAACUUCAACAAAAGUAUAAGGUUAAGACCAGGCAUAAAUUACAAGAUUCUGGAGUUGAUCAAACAGAAAACUUUAAAAUUUAAUAAUGACCAGGAUAGACUAGUGCUCGUUACAUGUGACGGCAUGUCUAUAAAACCUCAAAUAACGUAUAAUGCCAAAUCCGAUGUUUUCUUUGGGUUUCCGGACACAGGAAGGUUGCGGAAAAACGAAAAUAAUAAUCACAUGAAAUUGGCAUCCGAAGCAAUAACUGUCAUGAUUUCCGGUUUAUACAGAAACUACAAACAACCUAUUGCAUUUUUCUUGGCCCACAACAGUUUGGGCAGUCAAGGUCAAUUAAUACUUUUGAAAAAAUGUAUUCAAGCCGUUAAACGUAUAGGACUGAUCCCAGUAGCCAUGACUAUGGAUCAGGGAAGCACCAACAUAAAAAUGCUCCGUGAGGCCGGCGUCUCAAAAAAUAAGCCUUGGAUUGUCGUGGACGGAGAAAAGGUUGGAAUCUUCUACGACGCUCCGCAUUUGAUUAAAAGCGCUCGAAACGCUUUAAAGAAGACCAAUGCCGUUUCAAAUGGUAAAAUCGCCUCAUUUAGGCACGUUGAGUUACUUUACGAAGUUGAUAUAUUUUAUCAACCGGUGUAA